AUGUUUUUCGAUUUACUUCACACAUCUUCGUCUCUUCCAGUACUAGCCUCGACAUUCACACAUCUGGGCAUCCCCGUUGUAUACAAUCGAAGCCCUUCCCCUGUUGCCGAAUAUCUCACCUACGAAGCAAGGCAUCUUCAGUCUAUAAGAUCAUCACCUCCAUCGUCAUCAUCAUCUACAACAGAACGCAACCCAUCUCAGAACUCAGUGGUUGUGCUUGCUAUGUUCCCAAUCAUAACUUCAAGUUUUUCUAAUAUGGCUCUCUAUAUGGGAAACCAAGGGCAUGGAAUUGCAACCAAGUACACUUCAAAGAUUCCGAAGCCAUGGAUAGGGGCAAAAUCGUCCAACAAGGAACGUGUUUUUAUACACCGUAAGCUUGCCCAUUUGGUUCACAUUGCUGGUGGUGGUAGUAAAUUUCCAAAUAGCCCUCUUGAUGUACCUUUGGUUAUUGGAUAUGCUCCAUUGAGACACAAACUUAAUAUUUUAAUCAUGCUACUCAGCUACUGUUACUUAAUGAUUUUUGUUAUAUUUGUAGACUAG